AUUAGCUCUUCUUAUACGAACUCUCCACCACCGCGUGUUUACCAACAACCCAUUUCUCUGUAAUUAUAUCGACAAAAAUGGCUGAGCCGAGAAAAUUCUCGUCGCCGGCGCUACAAUCGUCUCCGUCGCCGCCGCCUCCGCCUCGGCCAGCAAUUUCACUCCAACCAUCUCCAAAACGAUCAGGUUUUUCAAAACCUACAAAACUCCUCCGGCAAAUCCGUACAGUUUUCCGUACGCUCCCGAUUCUGUCGCCGGCGUGCCGAUUUCCGAUCAACGGAAGUCGUCUCCACGACGGCCACGUCCACGGCGGCGAUCGGAUUACUGGAACGAUCUUCGGAUACCGGAAAUCGCGAGUGAAUCUCGUGUUUCAAGAAAGCCCUAGGUGCCUGCCGAUUUUAAUUUUGGAAUUGGCGAUUCCGACGGGGAAACUCCUCCGGGACAUGGGGGUAGGGCUCGUUAGGCUCGCCUUGGAGUGCGAGAAGCGGCCGUCGGAGAAGAGGAAGAUUCUGGAGGAGCCGAUUUGGACAUUGUACUGUAAUGGUAAGAAAUCGGGAUAUGGAGUUCGGAGAGAUCCGUCGGAGGAGGAUCUGAAAAUUAUGCAGACUUUGAACGCGGUGUCCAUGGGCGCCGGCGUGAUCCCGGCGGAGGAUGCGGCGGAGACGGCGGACGGCGAUCAAUUGACGUAUAUGAGAGUGGAUUUUGAGCGGGUGACUGGAUCGAAGGACUCGGAGACGUUCUAUAUGAUGAAUCCUGAGAGCAAUAAUGGCGGUGAAUUAAGCGUGUUCUUGGUUAGAAUUUGAAUGUGAGAUUUCAAUCAAUGACGGCUAUGAUACCAUUUGAACCUGUGAACCUGUCCUGUCUCAAUUCAGUGACUGGCUAUGAUAUUAUAGACUAUGAUACCAUUUGAAA